AUCACUGUAGGUGCGCCGCCGAUUCACGUUCACACACCCGGCUGGCCCAGCAACACAAUAACUUUACACAGUUUACAAAAACUAAAUCAGCCCACUUAAGGAAAACAAAGUGGGCGAAAAUAAAAACAUAUUAACAGAGGUGUCUGAGCCGCUUCAACCGGGAGUUGCAGGUUGGGGUUGGAGUGGAACAUUUUCAGAACUCAGCAAAAACAUUGUAUUGAAAGAAGACUUGUUGCAUCUACCUUCAGGAUACGUUGCGUUUUCACCUCUGUCGUUUGUUUCUUUACUGUUUUCUCCCUAUUCGGCUCCAGGCUGCGGCUUGGAGAACCAAGGCAACACCAUGGAUCCCAGCAGCUGGAGCGGCAGCGAGAGCCCUGCCGAGGACCUGGAGAGGAUGAGUGAUUCGGCCGACAAGCCCAUGGACAAUGAUGCCGAGGGUGUGUGGAGCCCCGACAUUGAGCAGAGCUUCCAGGAGGCCCUGGCUAUCUACCCCCCCUGCGGGCGCAGGAAGAUCAUCCUGUCUGACGAGGGAAAGAUGUAUGGUCGAAAUGAAUUGAUAGCCAGAUACAUCAAGCUGCGGACAGGAAAGACAAGGACAAGGAAACAGGUGUCUAGUCACAUACAGGUCUUAGCAAGAAAGAAAGUUCGAGAAAUCCAAGCGGCCAUCAAGGUAGGUCUGGCUUUGCCCGGUCGCGGGGGGCUUUUCAUCGCCAUGGUUACAGGCUGUUCCUUUGUUUUCCUCCCUCCCCCUACCCCGCAGGUGUCUAGUCACAUUCAGGUUCUUGCCAGAAGGAAAUCUCGAGAGUUUCAUUCCAAGCUAAAGGUUACAAGCAUGGAUCAAACCGUGAAGGACAAAGCCCUACAGAGUAUGGCCUCCAUGUCGUCGGCCCAGAUCGUCUCAGCCACCGCCAUCCACAACAAGCUGGGCCUGCCAGGCAUCCCACGGCCUGCCUUCCCUGGAGCAGCUGGGUUUUGGCAGGGUAUGAUAUCCACAGGCCAGCCUGGAUCAUCUCAAGACAUUAAGCCUUUUGCCCAACAAGCCUAUCCCAUCCAGCCCACAGUCACAACACCCAUUUCAGGGUAUGAGCCCCCGACAGCUCCAGCACCCACUGUCCCAGCCUGGCAGGGACGCUCCAUUGGGACAUCCAAACUGAGGCUGGUGGAGUUCUCUGCCUUCCUGGAGCAGCAGCGGGACCCGGACUCUUACAACAAGCAUCUCUUUGUGCACAUCGGACAGACGAAUCACUCCUACAACGACGCGUUGCUAGAGUCGGUGGACAUUCGUCAGAUUUAUGACAAAUUCCCCGAAAAGAAAGGUGGGCUGAAGGAGCUGUUUGGCAAAGGCCCGCAGAAUUCCUUCUUCCUUGUCAAGUUCUGGGCGGACCUGAACUGCAACAUUCAGGAUGACGCAGGGGCGUUCUACGGGGUGACCAGCCAGUACGAGAGCUCGGAGAACAUGACCAUCACCUGCUCCACAAAGGUUUGCUCCUUCGGCAAGCAGGUGGUGGAGAAGGUGGAGACGGAGUAUGCACGGUUUGAGAAUGGACGCUUUGUGUACAGGAUAAGCCGGUCGCCCAUGUGCGAGUACAUGAUCAACUUCAUCCACAAACUCAAGCACCUGCCCGAGAAGUACAUGAUGAACAGCGUCCUGGAGAACUUCACCAUUCUGUUGGUGGUGACGAACAGAGAAACACAGGAAACGCUGCUGUGCAUGGCCUGUGUUUUCGAGGUGUCCAACAGCGAGCAUGGCGCCCAGCACCACAUCUACCGGCUGGUGAAGGAAUGAGAGAGAAGCUCCUUUCACAUAGACUGAGAACCUCAAUACAAGUGGCAGUGCCUCUAAUUCAAAUCAGACUCAGACUGCU